UAGUAUUACGGUAAAAUCCGACAUAUGACGUAGUUAAGCGUCGCCUUGAAAUUGAAAAGACCGUGUGGCGCGUGGGAUGAUUAGCAUACAGUGACUGGGCGCGCACACAGGAAGCGGAAAUAACCUCUGUAAAAGGAAGCGAGAGAGAAGGCUACAGUGCGUAGUACAGACAAGUACAAUCACUAACGAACAUGCCAAAAGUAAAGCGGAGCAGAAAGCCUCCACCAGAUGGAUGGGAGCUCAUUGAGCCAACCUUAGAUGAACUUGACCAGAAAAUGAGAGAGGCGGAAACUGAUCCCCAUGAGGGAAAGAGAAAAGUAGAGUCCUUGUGGCCGAUCUUCAGGAUUCAUCAUCAGAAAACUCGCUAUAUCUUUGACCUAUUUUACAAGAGAAAAGCCAUCAGCAGAGAGCUAUACGACUACUGCAUCAGGGAAGGAUAUGCUGAUAAGAACCUCAUUGCAAAAUGGAAAAAACAGGGCUAUGAAAACCUGUGUUGCCUGCGCUGUAUACAGACCAGAGACACCAACUUUGGGACCAAUUGUAUUUGCAGGGUCCCAAAAACCAAACUGGAAGUGGGGAGGAUCAUUGAGUGCACACACUGUGGCUGCAGAGGAUGCUCUGGAUAAAGAAUGGGUCCGAUUCUAUUUUUGACUUCUGGAGUAUUUUAAGGCCGGCGACUGAAAUUGUGUUUUGAAAGUUUAUCUAUAACGUCACGUCAUUUUAAUAUUAUUUGUGUUUUUUAUAAAGGUGUAAUAAACAUGACAUUUCAUGGA